CACCAUGACAACCCAGUCCAAACAGUUGAAGGUGUUCGGCAUCCCGGUUGAAACGAUCCGUUUACUUUUACGGGUUAUAAUUUUCCUCCUGGUAGCCGGAGCUGCUGUAUCGUCUCGGCUUUUCUCAGUUAUAAGAUUCGAAUCCAUUAUUCACGAGUUUGAUCCAUGGUUCAACUUCAGAGCCACCAAAUAUUUGGUGACACAUUCUUACUACGAGUUCUUGAACUGGUUUGAUGACAGGACAUGGUACCCAUUAGGCCGUGUUACUGGAGGAACUUUGUAUCCUGGCCUUAUGGUGACUUCUGGAGUCAUUUGGCACAUCUUGAGAGAAUGGCUUGCUUUACCAGUUGAUAUCAGAAAUGUUUGUGUUCUUUUGGCACCUGCCUUCUCUGGUUUGACGGCUGUGUUUACUUACUAUUUGACCAAAGAGAUGAAGGACUCCAAUGCUGGUUUACUCGCUGCCAUAUUUAUGGGUAUUGCUCCAGGGUACAUCUCCAGAUCUGUAGCAGGCUCGUACGAUAACGAAGCUAUUGCUAUUACUUUGCUUAUGGCUACUUUCUACUUCUGGAUUAAGGCAAUGAAGUUGGGUUCUGUUUUCUAUGGAACUUUAACUGCUCUCUUCUACUUCUACAUGGUCUCAGCAUGGGGUGGCUAUGUGUUCAUCACCAACUUGAUUCCCCUCCAUGUCUUUGUAUUGCUCGUAAUGGGAAGAUACACCCAUCGUUUGUAUACGGCCUAUUCCACUUGGUAUGCCUUGGGAACGUUGGCGUCGAUGCAAAUCCCAUUUGUAGGCUUCUUACCCAUUCGCUCAAACGACCAUAUGGCAGCUUUGGGAGUCUUUGGAUUAUUGCAGUUGGUGGCUUUUGGCGAUUACGUCAGAUCCAGAAUCAAUUCAAAGCAGUUCAAGACUUUCUUGGGAGUUUCGAUUGUGCUGGUUACCGUGUUGGGAGUUGGCGCUUUGUUUGCCUUAACGGCUCUUGGUUGGAUCGCUCCUUGGACUGGUAGAUUCUACUCAUUGUGGGAUACGAACUAUGCCAAGAUUCACAUUCCCAUUAUUGCUUCUGUCUCUGAACAUCAGCCUACAGCAUGGCCUGCUUUCUUCUUUGAUACUUCCAUCUUGAUCUGGCUUUUCCCAGCUGGUAUCUACUUGUGUUUCCAGGAGUUAAAGGAUGAACAUGUGUUUGUAAUCAUCUACGGUGUCUUGUGUUCGUAUUUUGCCGGUGUCAUGGUUAGAUUGAUGUUGACCUUGACUCCAGUAAUCUGUGUCUCUGCAGCUAUUGCCUUGUCGAAGUUGUUUGACAUCUAUUUAGAUAUCGUAGAUCUCUUUAAGACAGACACAGAACCAGAAGAUGAAAAGGAAAGUGAAAAAAAGAAGAAGCAAAAGGCCUUCAAAUUUCCUAUUCUUCCACUCGUAUCGAGGAUACUCGUCAUGGCAUCUUUCACCUUCUACCUAUUCUACUUUGUGUUGCACUGUACUUGGGUCACUUCUAAUGCCUAUUCCUCUCCUUCGGUUGUGUUGGCAUCUAGAAAUCCAGAUGGCUCACAAAACAUCAUUGAUGACUACAGAGAAGCCUAUUACUGGUUGAGAAUGAACACACCAGAAGAUGCAAAAGUCAUGGCCUGGUGGGAUUACGGCUACCAGAUCGGAGGUAUGGCUGACAGAACCACCUUGGUGGACAACAACACCUGGAACAACACACAUAUCGCUACUGUGGGUAAGGCAAUGUGUUCCUCAGAAGAUGUAGCCUACAAGAUCUUGAAGCAGCACGACGUAGACUACGUGUUGGUGAUCUUUGGUGGGUUAAUUGGCUACUCUGGAGACGACAUAAAUAAGUUCCUCUGGAUGGUUAGAAUUGCCGAAGGUAUAUGGCCAGAUGAAGUGCACGAGAGGGACUUCUUCACAGAUAGAGGUGAGUACAAGGUCGAUAAAGAGGCUACCGACACCAUGAAGAACUCGUUGAUGUACAAGAUGUCUUACUACAGAUUCACAGACUUGUACUCCGGCAGAGAUGGAGUAGACAGGGUCAGAAACCAAAACAUCCCUGCUGCUAACUCACCAGAAUUGAAUGUAGUUGAGGAAGCAUUUACGUCGCAAAACUGGAUUGUCAGAAUCUACAAGGUCAAAGAUCUCGAUAAUGUCGGCAGAGACUUACACCAAGCCUCGGCCUUUGAUAAGCAAACCGACAAACAGUCCAAGAGAUCCAGAACCAUCAAGAGGCCAGCCUUGGAAUUGAGAGAAUAA